AUGGGGCCCCCGGGCAAUAGGGGAUCAUGGGGCCCCUGUGUCCUUGCCCAAACUCAAAAAAGCCUAUGAAAAAGGUACCAGGGGCAUCUCAUGGGGCCCCCUACUGACCCUGGGACCUCGGGCAGUGCCCGAGUUUCUAAAUGGUCAGUCCGCCCCUGGUUCACUACCACAUCUAGCAAAGAACACGGUUAUUGUGUUUUUGGAGUGUUCACAUUUGCUCACGUGUGAUAACAAGUUUAUUCAUACUUAUUGUGUGUAACAUAUAUAUAAUUUUUUUUUUUUCACGUUUGUUGACACAUGAUAUGCAGUGUGCAUGACAC